CUACAACUGUGCGUCUACGUCAGACGUCCGUACGCGCUGCCGUUAUGAUUCGAGGUUUGUCGACGGACAUCGAUUCAUUUGUUAUUUUACCUAGUUUGCAUCUGCUCGAUUAAGCUACACAACACCCUACAAACAGACCUUGCAUUCGCGAUGUAUGGACGCGUGUACGCCAGCGUCCUCCAAAGAGCUUCAAACUACCCACUGACACUUUAUUCUGCAGCCCCAUUUCAGUUUGCCCACCUUGUAGCAUUUCCAUCAUCUCAGACAAACCACUUCUCAUCCUUGGCCACCUCCAAAUCUGACCAGUGCUACAGUGGUGGGGAGUCAGGAUACUGGUGUCAAAGGGGGCGACACUUCUCAACUCGUCAGGACCUAGAUUUCACGCUCAGCAAAGUCCAGAUCAACAGUAUCCUAAGAUCCAAUGAGCAGACUGUGAGAGUGCCAGAGUUUGAUGGCAGGGGGCUUAGUGCUGUGAGAAAGUUUGAGAGCAACGUCCUUGCUGCUAACACUCCCAAUGAGGACCGUCGCAGUGCAGCCACCUGCUUACAGUCCAAGGGCAUGCUCUUUGGAGUGUUUGAUGGCCACGGAGGCUGGGCGUGUGCUCAGGCUGUCAGUGAGCGGCUGCUCUACUAUGUUGCAGUUGCGAUGAUGCCAAAGCACAGCCUGGAGGAGCUUGAGAAGUGCAUGGAGCGUGGCAGACCCGUUCCUCCCAUCUUGCAAUGGCAUAAACACCAUUCAGACUUUACUUAUCGUGAAUCUGCUUCACUGUACAUCGAACAUCUCAGAGUGUUCUGGCAAGAACUACUGGAGAAUGAAGAACAUGACCUAGGCAUGAGUCCUCAGGAUGCUCUAGAUUGUGCCUUCAAACGACUUGAUGCGGACAUCUCCUUGGAGGCUCAAGUCCCUCUUUCCAAUGACCUGAUGAAAAGUACAGCCAUUCAGGUUGCCUUUGCCGGUUGCACUGCCUGUGUGGCUCAUGUUGGCACAGAUGGGAUCCACGUGGCGAACGCCGGCGACUGCCGAGCAGUACUAGGGGUGCAAAACGAUGACGGGUCGUGGAGUGCCUUACCUCUGUCACAGGACCACAACUGUCAGAACCAAACUGAGGUUGAACGGAUCAAAGCCCAGCAUCCACCCUCAGAGGGAGACACAGUGAUCACAGAUGAAAGACUAUUAGGGGUUCUGAUGCCUCUGCGUGCAUUUGGUGACGUGAGGUUCAAAUGGAGCCGUGAGUUGCAGCAGAGCAUUUUAGCCAGCCUUGAAUCUGAGGUGGACCUGGACUCCCUCAACUUGUACCAGUACUCUCCACCUAACUUUCUAACACCGCCCUACCUGGAUGUGACACCUGAUAUAACCUAUCACAAGCUGAGACCUCAGGACCGCUUCCUAAUCCUCGGCACUGACGGCCUAUGGGACGAGCUAGGGAGUGAAGAGGCGGUACAACUCAUUGGAGAGCACUUGAGCGGAAUUCACUUGCAGGCUCCAGUUUCUGCGUCGGAGAAACAGCUGAAACUUGGUCAGAUGCAUGAACUCCUGCUGAAACGUCAGGCCCGUGCCUCCCCCGCUUUAGACACCAACGCUACCACGCACCUCAUCAGACACGCUCUCGGCACUGGAGAGUAUGGAGAACUAUGCCAGGAGAGACUGGCCUCGAUGCUUGCUUUGCCCGAGGAUCUGGCUCGAAUGUACAGAGACGAUAUCACAGCUACUGUGGUGUAUCUGAACUAUGACCUGGCCAGAACUCGCCGCAGCUAACGGAGCUUUCUAUUCUUUAGUUUUUUAACAAAGUUGGACAGAGACAAACAUUUAUGAUCAUCAAUUCCAUUCAGUUUAACUUCUGUGAACAGCAAUCCCAACCUGUUACAAAACAUUAUUUAUGGACAUUUGGAAAUGAAAGGACAGUUGGGGUUUCUUGUUUUAAUCACUGUUCAGAUACAUAACCCAAUAGUAGCACUUAUCACCUCAGAGUGAGUGAGUGAGUGAGUGAGUAAGUGAGUGAGAGUUUUAUGGAGAAAAACUAUUUGUCUUGCAAUAUACCCCUGAUGUACAUUUCAAGACGUCGUUUAAGCUGAAUGUGAAAAUAAGAAAUGAAGGAACCCACACUGUCACUUUGUCCUUUGUAUUUUAGUUCCUAUUACACAGAAUGUCCAUCUGUAGCUUUUUCCCUGUUUACCUUUGUGCAAAUUAUGCCGUUUACUUUUAAAAUUGUGUCAAGAUCCUUUUCCGUAAUUGUAUUUAAUUGUAAAUAUGUUUAGAUGUAUUUAUGUUAUCACUCCGCUUGCUUCAAAAGCUCCAAAUGUUUCAUAAUAAACCAAUAAGAAAUAA